AUCGAUAAUCGCGUAAACUCUAAUGAUCGAGUAGGUGUGGCCUCGCGAUACGCCCCCUAGCCUUUUUGUCUGCGUCAGGGCGUAGAACACGCCUCACGGUUUGCGUCCCACGCGCCCUGGUCCACGCACGCACCUUAUAGAACCGGCGGUGACGCGCCGACGGACCAAGCCGACACGAAAAUGCGCAAAAAAGAAUAAUAAAAACAUUCGAAUUUCGAAACGAAACGAAAAAAAGUGUUAUGUGAUCAAUUUAAAUAAUUCCCGCUCAUUUUGGUGUUUUAUAAGGUUCGUUCGCAAGGAACUAAGUGAAAUCUAAUACGAUGUGCCCGCGAAAACGAAUAGUGUUGCCAACAUGAAAAUGCUUUUUGAUAACAGGAUGCUAUUUAUAAUUUUCCUGCUUUUAUUCGCCAUGGUUAGUUCACGAGACAACAUGCUACCGAACCACUUAAAGCUAAACUCGGCGUUGACUUGCCGCCUUGUGGCUGGUCUGACCAGGGACCAGAGGUCAGUUUGCCACGAGCUACCUGAUGCUGCCGCCAUCGCCUUCGAGGGCAUGCAGAUGGCAGUGAAGGAGUGCCAGCAUCAGUUCCGAUGGCACAGGUGGAAUUGCUCCAGCCUGGUACCCAAAAGCGCCAACCCUCAUGCCAGUGCUAUCAUGAAAAGAGGUUUCCGAGAGUCUGGAUUCCUAUACGCCCUGACUGCAGCCGGGGUUGCCCACGCAGUGGCCCGGGCUUGUGCCCAGGGUCGUCUUCUGUCCUGCGGCUGCGACCCCCUCGGCUACCGCGCCUCCCACGACCCCCGUGGCCGAGCGAGACCCAACAAGUGGGAGUGGAGCGGAUGCUCUCACAACCUCGCAUAUGGAAUAGAAUUUUCUAGAAAAUUCCUGGAUGUGAGAGAAAAAGUCGACGACUUGCAGUCGAGGAUCAACGUGCAUAACAAUAACGCUGGGAGAUCGAUAUUGUCUUCACACAUGGAGGUGCGUUGCAAAUGCCACGGCCUGUCUGGCAGCUGCCAGCUUAGGACUUGCUGGCGAACCACGCCUGAUUUCAGGGUGGUGGCUUCCACCAUUAAGCGACAGUACAGAAAGGCUUUAAUAGUGGCACAAGAAGAGCUGAACAGUGGCAUGGCAGUACUUAAAGGAAGACCUCGAGGGAGAAGGAGGAGCCGGGCGCGACCAGCUCCCAAAUCAAGUCUACUGUUCUUUGAGAAGUCCCCGAGUUUCUGCGAAGUCGAUCCCAAAACGGACUCAUCCGGGACAUCAGGUCGAGUCUGCCGCGUGGGUCGUACCUCACGCUCAGGGUCUUGUGAUCUCCUCUGCUGUGGCCGAGGGCACGCCCUCAUCAGGAAAUCCAGCGUCAAGCCCUGCAACUGCACCUUCCAUUGGUGCUGCAGGGUCGAUUGCCAGAGGUGUAAAGACGAUAAGUGGAUCGCGAUUUGUAAGUAAGAUGGCUGAGAUGGAACUCGCUUGGGCUCUUGUAGCCUCAUGAGCUGUGACCGAGGCUACAAACAAUUUGCAACUAUACCAUGUGUUGCAGAGUAUGUAAAUUGUGAUAUGUGCAAGAAUAAUACGUGGAUUGCAAUUUUUAGAUGGUUAAAAUGCGAUAUAUUCGAGCAUUGAUUUAACUAUUCCAAAUAAAUAUUAUGGAUAUUUUUUGACUUAACGAUCGAGUUUAGAUUUUAAGAAUUCGACUCCAAAAACCUAACGAGCAUUGUCAACUUCUUGUAAUAUGAACUUGAUCGAUUGCUUCUGUUAGUUGUUUUGUCUCUUCUGAGCGCUAUUUCGGUUGUUUCCGCAGCCAUAAAACGACGGAGCCCAAGAUUCGCAAGUAGUUUUGUCUAUUCUUCAGAAAUCAUGAAGUAGAAACGUAAUUUAAUAUUAUUAUGUGAGCUUUAAUUAAUAAUAUUUAUGUUAAUUACACUAUAUGAAGUAAUCGCCAUGAUGAUAUUAGAAUAUAUGAAUCAAAAUUAAAUAAUGUACAAGUACUUAAGAACAAUUCAGUAUUACAACUUGAUGAUACGGUGGUGGUAGCUAAUUUAUUGUAGAAUGUACUAGGUAAUUUAUUCCAGCUUUUAUACAUAUUAAAUGCCAUAUUAAUAAAUAUAUUAAUAUUCAUUAUAUACUAUAUUAAUAAAACUAAAAUAAAAAAAAUAUUUUAGUUUCAAUUUUAACAAAUAGCUUAAGUGUGUAU